AUGAUCUGGGCCAAUGACAAAGUUCCUAAUCCAGACCUUCCAUCACCAGAGAACUAUGGAUGGAAAAAAGACAAAGGUUAUUAUAAAUUAACGGUUGAUAUAGUAAUAAACUCUCAAGUUCCACACUAAAGAUCGAGACGACUUUAAUCCACUGCCUUAUUCUUUUAUAUUUCAGACAAAUGGAUCCCGGUGAUGACGCGACUGCAGCCGGCACCCGACGCUGUUCUUUAUCUUGUCAAGUGUGGCUGUGGGAAGGACAAAUGCCGAAACAACAGGUGUAGCUGUCGAAGGGCGGGUCUCACUUGUACAGGUCUAUGCAGCUGCAGCAACGACGAGACAGGAGAAGAGUGUGACAAUGUCGAUAUGAUUGAGAAUGAUAGCUGUGAUGAUGAAACAUCGGAUGAGCAGGACGAUGACAGCGAGGAAGACGUGGAUGAUGAAUGA